UCCAUAUUCUCGGCCUCUCCUCAUCUCCCACACCCAAAACCCUAGAAAACUAAAAUCCCCCAAUUCGGUUCUACAGAGACAACGAACCAUAUGGAGCCUCAUCAACACUCGGACCCCUACGAUCCUCGACGACGCGACGCAGCCAGAAGAAGAGGACGAAGAGCUCUACGAAUGCGAACCGGUUCCGCUUGGCUCGAACCGAUUCGUAAUCGUGGUCCUCCUCAAUCUCCUUCUUCUCGUGGUUUUUCUCAUUCUUAUCCUUGGAUUGGGCUUGGCGGCGUGAUGCUUGGUAACCCUAGCAGCCAUGCCAAAUCGGAGAGACGAUUAUGAAGAAGAAGAGGAGAGCGAGAUGCGGGAGGAGCGAAGGGCCAAUUCGAAGCGGGGGAGAUUGAAUUCUGAUGAGAUUGAGAUCCAGAAGCGGAGAGGGCGAGGGUCGAAUUCGAAAAAGAGGAAAUUGAAAACGGUUGCGGAGGAGGAGGAAGAAGAAGAAGGCGGUGGUGGAAGGCCUUUUAAGUCGGUGUUUGUGGAUGAUGAGGCUAUAGAGGAUGAAGAUGAGGAGGAGGAGGAAGACGAUGAUGGUGAAUUGGAUGGGUUUAUUGUUAAUGAACCGGAGUUUGAUAACGAACCUGAUGAAGUUGAACAUGAUGGUGGCGGUGGGGGAAGGAUGGGGUUUGUCUUGCCGGAGGAAGAAGAGGAGGAAGAUAUUGAUGAGUUUGAAAGAAGGGUUCAAGACAGAUUUAGGGAUGUUCAUGUGGAAGAAUAUGAGGAUGAUACGGAGGUUGGACAGCAAGCUCUCAUACCCGGUGUGAAGGACCCGAAAUUGUGGUUGGUGAAGUGUGCCAUUGGUAAAGAGAGAGAGGUAGCGGCUUGUCUAAUGCAGAAGUGUAUUGAUAGUCCUGGAGAAUUGCAGAUCAUGUCUGCCAUUGCUUUGGAUCACUUGAAAAGCUUCAUAUAUGUUGAAGCUUACAAAGAAGCCCAUGUGAGGGAAGCUUGCAAAGGUCUGAGGUAUGUAAUUCUGCAGAAAAUAAUGCUUGUUCCUAUUAAAGAGAUGAUUGAUGUGCUAUCAUGUGAAAGCAAGAGCGUUGUAAAUGAUAAAUGGGUUAGGAUUAAGACGGGAGUAUAUAAAGGGGACCUUGCCAAGGUUGUGGGGCAUGUCCCGGGGAGACAGCAAGUUAGAGUAAAGUUAAUUCCAAGGGUUGAUUUACAAGCUCUUGCAAAAGGUGCAGAAUCAUCGAAGAAGAAGGAAUCUGGUGCACGUCCUGAUCGUGUUCCUGCACUUCUUAGGAACAUGAACCUAGUUAGACAGCUGGGUGUACGAGUACAGUCCAUGCGAGAUCCAUUGGCACGUGGUUAUAUUGAGAAGAUUGAUGGCUUAUCUGGGAUGAUCUUUAAAGAUGGUUUCCAUCUUAAAGUUGUUUCUGAUAAAAGUAUAAAAGAGGCAAAACCCUCCUUGCAAGAACUUGAAGAAUUCCAGGAACUUGAUGGUGAUGGAGAUCAUACAAUUCCAAAUAGAAAGAAAGGCGAAAGCUUUAUGAAGGGCGAUGCAGUUAUUGUUACGGAGGGAGAUCUGAGAAACUUGGUGGGACGGGUUGAGAAAGUUGAGUUAGGGACUGUUCAUAUCAAAGCGGAAAUGGAUGGCCUCCCGGAAACCGUUGCCAUCAAUCAAACAGCACUUCAGAAAUGCUUUAAAGAAGGGCAGCAUGUGAAGGUUGUUAGCGGUAGUCAACAAGGAGCAACUGGCAUGGUUGUUAAGGUUGAUCAGCAGAAGCAGUUGAUCACCAUUUUAUCUGAUGCAACCAAUGAAGCUAUCUGCAUGUUCUCUGAUCAUGCUGUGGAGAGUCCUGAAGUGAAUAAUGGUGAUACAAUGGGCGACUCCCACUGCUUAAGGUAUCACAAAAUCCCUAGUCAAAGUCCGAGGUUUUCUGGAGGUGCAAGAAGGCAUGAUGGGCAGGAUGGUUUUGGUAAAGGGAGCCGAGUAAAGUUCCGUCUAGGUCCCUAUAAAGGCUGCAGGGGGCGUGUUGUGGAGGUUAAAGGAUCAAAUGUAAGGGUUGAACUAGAGUCCCAGAUGAAAACUGUUGUUGUUGAUCGUCUACAUUGUAUUUCAGAAUCAGGUAAUGUUGCUGCUGCAGUUACAACACCAUAUCGCUCUGGUUGUGAGACCCCAAUGCCUUACAUGAGGACUCCUAUGAGAGAUCCUGGAGCAACGUCAAUGCCUUACAUGACAACUCCCAUGAGAGAUCCUGGAGCAUCCCCAAUGCGUUAUAUGACGACUCCCUACAUGAUGACUCCCAGAAGAGAUUACCCCCGAGCAACACCAAUACAUGGUGGCAUGAGAACUCCAUCUAUGACUCCCAUGAGAGAUCCCCGAGCAACACCGAUACAUGGUGGCAUGAGGACCCCUCCUAUAUAUUAGAGCUUGAUUCAACUUUUGUUUUAUCAAAUGAUGGUUGUCUGGUGAACAAAGUUUCUUUUGUUUCUUUAGUCUCUGUUUUCAUUCAGUUGUAUGGUACUAUUAGUCUCGAUCUUGUUAUUUCACAACACGAUGGAGUUCAUAACAAAGUAGCUUUCUAUUUUGUUUUUGUGUGGAUUGCUAAUGUGUACUGCAAGUACUCAAUAUAUAUUCUUAUAUUCAUU